CGGGCUUUGGGGCCUCCGCACCACAGCCCUUAGUCAUGUCGGAUUCUGGAAGUCAGUCUGGGGGUGAGCAGCAAAGUUAUUCCUAUGGAAAUCCAAGCAACCAAGGCUAUGGACAAGCAUCACAAAGCUAUUCUAGCUAUGGACAAACAACUGAUUCUUCAUAUGGACAGAACUAUGGCAGUUACUCCAGUUAUGGACAAAGCCAAUCAGGUUAUUCACAGUCCUACGGGGGUUAUGAGAACCAAAAGCAGAGCUCAUAUGGCCAGCAAUCGUAUAAUAACCAGGGACAACAGCACACGGAAUCAUCAGGAGGCCACGGUGGAAGAGCACCUUCAUAUGACCAAUCAAACUAUAGUCAGCAAGAUUCGUAUGACCAGCAGUCAGGCUAUGAUCAAUAUCAAGGCUCGUAUGAUGAGCAAUCAAAUUAUAAUCAGCAGCAUGAUUCCUAUAAUCAAAACCAGCAGUCCUAUCAUUCACAAAGGGAAAACUACAGUCACCAUACACAAGAUGACCGUCAUGAUGUGAUUAGGUAUAGAGAAGAAAACAGAGGAUAUGGCGGGUCACAGGGAGGAGGUAGAGGGCGUGGGGGAUAUGACAAGGAUGGAAGAGGUCCUAUGACAGGAUCAAGUGAUGGUGACCGUGGUGGCUUCAAAAAUUUUGGUGGUCACAGGGAUUAUGGACCCAGACCAGAUGCGGAUUCAGAAUCUGAUAAUUCAGAUAACAACACAAUCUUUGUGCAAGGACUUGGGAAGGGUGUGUCUACAGAUCAAGUGGGAGAGUUCUUUAAACAAAUAGGAAUUAUCAAGACAAACAAGAAAACUGGAAAACCAAUGAUAAAUCUUUACACAGACAAAGACACAGGGAAGCCAAAAGGAGAGGCAACAGUGUCAUUUGAUGACCCUCCUUCUGCGAAGGCAGCCACUGACUGGUUUGAUGGAAAAAAAUUCCAUGGCAACAUCAUUAAAGUGUCCGUUGCCACUCAAAGACCUGAAUUCAUGAGAGGAGGUGGAAGUGGAGGUGGGCGGUGAGGCCGUGGAGGAUAUAGAGGCCGAGGAGGCUUUCAGGGGAGAGGUGGAGACCCCAAAAAUGGGGACUGGGUUUGCCCUAAUCCAUCAUGUGGAAAUAUGAACUUUGCUCGAAGAAAUUCCUGUAAUCAGUGUAAUGAGCCUAGACCAGAGGACUCUCGUCCCUCAGGAGAUUUCCGGGGGAGAGGCUACAGUGGAGAGAGGGGCUACAGAGGUCGUGGGGGCAGAGGUGGAGACCGAGGCGGCGAUGGUGGAGACAGAAGUGGGGGAGGCUAUGGUGGAGACAGAAGUGGUGGUUAUGGUGGGGACAGAGGAGGUGGCUAUGGAGGAGACCGAGGCGGGUAUGGUGGAGACCGAGGAAGCUACGGAGGAGAUCGAGGAGGUUAUGGAGGAGACCGAAGUCGAGGUGGCUAUGGAGGAGACCGUGGUGGUGGUAGCAGUGGAGGUGGCUAUGGAGGCAAAAUGGGAGGAAGAAAUGACUACCGAAAUGAUCAGCACAACCGACCAUACUGAUGACUGUUUUGAAUGUCCCUUUGUCUCUGACAUGAUCCACAGUGAAAUUGCCAGAGUUUUGCCUGCUGCUUUCCUCGUGGCCUCUUUUUGGGUAGUGAAAUUAAGUGACAUUUGGAUUUUUAUUUGGGUGGGAGGGCUGGGACAGUUUUACUUUUACAAAUGUCAUUGAAAUUUUCCUUUCUAGUUUCCCACAUUCUCCUUCCCAAUCCUUGAAGCAAAGUGCGUUGUAAAAUAUUGCCAAAAUGGAAAGUGUUUUGUAAUACUGCAAUAAAGGCUGCUUGUUUUU